AUGGAUUUGGAGUCGAAUUCCAACUCGCUUCCCCUCAAACCACCGCUCGAAAAUGAACAGGAUGUGCAGGAUGCGACCGACCUCGCCGCCAUGGGUCAUGCCCAGGCCUUGACGAGAAAAUUUGAUAUGUGGAGCAUGUUGGCUCUUGCUUUUUGUGUUCUUGGAACCUAUUCUACUUUCGCGCAGGAUCUUAGCAGCGGACUCAGUAAUGGCGGCCCUAUCACCAUUCUCUGGGGUCUUGUGCUCGUCACAGCCUGCAAUCUCUGUGUAGCCUUGUCAUUGGGCGAACUGACAAGCAGCAUGCCCACAGCUCUUGGCCAAGCCUACUGGGUUUACCGACUUUGGAGCACGCCACUCGGCCGAUUCGUCUCCUAUAUGUGUGCGUGGAUCAACACAUUCGGAUGGUGGACUCUGACAGCAUCGCAAGUCGCUUUCAUGACGGAGUUCCUCCUCGGCAUGAAGACCAUGUUUGCACCAAACUGGAACGGUGUCAACGAGGGAUGGGUCAACUUCCUCGUCUACAUCGGAGUGGUCUUCCUAUUGACUCUCAUCAACGUUGUCAGCUGUCGCAAGGAGAAGAUCCUGCCCUGGUUCAACAACUUUGUUGGUGUGUGGUUCGGUGGACUGUUUGUUGUAUUGUCCUUGGCUCUGGUUAUCUCGGUCGGUGUAAAGGGCGACCUCCACUUCCAGCCUGCUUCAUUUGUGUUUGGAAAGUGGAUUAACCAGACUGGAUGGAGUGAUGGUGUGGUCUGGUUUACGGGUCUUGUUCAGGCCGCGUAUGGAUUGACCGCGUUCGACUCGGUCAUUCAUAUGGUUGAGGAAAUCCCCGACCCACGCAAGAACGCCCCCCGUGUUAUCUGGAUGGCCGUCCUAUUCGGUGCCAUCACUGGAUUUAUCUUCAUGGUGGUUUGUCUGGGAUGUAUCCAGAAUCUGGACAAUGUCACCAACGCGAGCCUGCCGUUCAUGGAGCUGAUGCUUGAGACGGUCGGACUUAAGGGCGGAGCAGUUCUGAUUGCCCUGUUCAUCUUCAAUGGACUGGGUCAAGGUGUCAGUGUUCUAACAACAGCCUCACGUUUGUCCUGGGGAUUCGCUCGUGAUGGCGGCCUUCCCUGGAGCCGUUACUUCAGCCACGUCGACCCUGUGUGGCAAGUUCCCGCCCGAGCUCUCUGGGGCCAGGGCUUCGUGAUCGGAGUCGUUGGAAUAUUGUAUUUGUUCGCCAAUACCGUGCUCGAGGCCAUUCUCAGUGUCAGCACCAUCGCCUUGACUGUGUCAUACGCCAUGCCCAUCCUCGCAUUAUUGGUUGUUGGUCGCGACAAACUGCCCGAUGGCGGUUCCUUCAAACUCGGUCGCUGGGGCGCUUGGUUGAAUUGGGUUAGCAUCGUUUACUGCAUCAUCACCACCAUCUUCUUCCUAUUCCCAGGAAGCCCCAACCCAGCACCCAGUGACAUGAACUAUGCCAUCGCUGUCUUUGGUGUUAUGCUUGUUAUCUCGAUCGCUUUCUGGUUUAUCCGGGGAAGUCGCACGUAUCUCCAGACUGAGGAUGCAAUCGCUCAGAUGGUCUAUGCCCAGCAUUUGGAAAAUGAGGAGGCAGCGUCCAAUGAAUCUGGUGACCUGUAG